AUUCGUUCAAGCCUCCUUUUAUUUUUCUUUAUAUUUUUAACACAGUCAAGCUUUAAAACUUUGAAACGCGGAGCCUUGGAUUUUUUUUAUAUACAUAUUGAUAUCGACAUUGAAAUGAAAUUAAACGAAAACGGAAUUAAUUAAGUUGGAAAGACAUCCCUAAAUUUUGAAUUGGGGAGCAAAAGCAGGCAGUUGAGAGAGAGAAGAGGAAGAAGGGGAAAGUGGAGGGGUCAAGUCCAAAAAUCUCAAUACACAACCACACGAGCGCACCGGAUUUAUCGACUGCGACGAUGAUUUCUUUGUUUUAAUUAUUACCUUAAUCCAUUGUCUCGCAUAGGCAUAGGAUAUAGUCGCCUCCGCCUCAUCUCCCAUUUUUAUUUCUCUUUUUUCUCCAAAAUCCAAAUCCUCAUUUCAUCCCUGCCUAAAUCGAGAUUCCUCUCUAUCCACCCACCUAUUCGCUUCUCUCCAUGAAGAGCUGACGAAUUUUCUCGAUUUCUUCGGCCCAGUUGUGUUAAUUAGGAAGCUAGGGUUUGUUAUUUGGGUUGAUCCUUUUUUUCCUCUUUAGGGUUUGUCGCGGAAGAUAUUUGAGGGGAGGGAAGCUAUGGCGGCGAAUGGGCAGGGGAUAGAGCCUGCCUUGUUGGAUGACAUAAUCAAUCGGUUGCUGGAGUUCCGCAAUGCGCGGACUGUGCGUCAGGUGCAGCUCUCCGAGAACGAGAUCCGUGCUCUCUGUACUACGUCGCGGGAAAUCUUCCUCUCUCAGCCUAAUCUUCUCGAGCUAGAAGCUCCGAUAAAGAUAUGCGGUGACAUUCAUGGGCAAUAUGGGGAUCUUCUAAGGCUAUUCGAAUAUGGGGGUUUUCCGCCGGAGGCCAAUUAUUUGUUUUUAGGGGAUUAUGUGGACCGUGGCAAACAGAGUUUAGAAACUAUAUGCCUUCUUCUUGCCUACAAAAUCAAAUAUCCUGAGAAUUUCUUUCUCUUAAGAGGAAAUCAUGAAUGUGCUUCCAUCAAUAGGAUAUAUGGAUUCUAUGAUGAAUGUAAACGUCGAUUCAAUGUUAGACUCUGGAAAGUGUUUACUGAUUGUUUUAACUGCCUUCCUGUGGCAGCUCUUAUAGAUGAUAAGAUACUUUGUAUGCAUGGUGGGCUCUCUCCUGACCUGACAAACUUGGACCAAAUAAGAAAUUUACCUCGUCCAUCUGAUGUCCCAGAUUCUGGUCUGCUUUGUGAUUUACUUUGGUCCGAUCCCAGUAGAGAAAUUAAAGGUUGGGGAAUGAACGAUAGGGGAGUAUCAUACACUUUUGGUGCAGAUAAGGUGGCUGAAUUUUUGAUGCAACACGAUAUGGACCUAGUUUGUCGUGCUCACCAGGCAUUGCUUUUUCUUUUUCUUUUGAUUGUUUCCCUUAAUUCUCUUUUAUGCUAUUUCUGCCAUCUAACUGGAGACUUUCUUGACCAGGUUGUGGAAGAUGGAUAUGAGUUUUUUGCCGAUAGGCAGCUGGUUACAAUAUUUUCUGCUCCCAACUAUUGUGGCGAAUUCGAUAAUGCUGGUGCCAUGAUGAGUGUUGAUGAGAGUUUGAUGUGCUCUUUUCAGAUUCUGAAACCAACUGAUAGAAAGCGGUUCUUGUAAAAGCUAGUAUGAUAACACCUGUCUCACUCCUUAACUGCCCAGGUUUGUGGUGAUUUUGUUUUCUAAUCGUCUCUUUUACUUCCUUAUACCGCUCCCCUCACCCAAAAGAAAAGGAAAGGGAAAAAAGAAUAAAUAACAUAGUUCACAUGAACACAUGGAACUUUUCUGGGAAUUGAUGAUUAGUUGCUAAUAAAGAAUUCAUUUAUCACUCAAAAAUCCUUUAAGAUCCUGAACCUGCAUAAUAUGGCACUGGCAGCCUCUCUCUCCCCCCUUGUGUCUUUGUGGUUGGAUGACAGAUUUACAUGCUAAUUACUGUCGCAUCUUAUACUGUUACUUGCUUCAAGAUCUACUUUUCUUUUUUGUUGGGUUUACUGGAUAAUAUCUGAUUUUGUCUACUCCAUGAAAGAUGUCUUAAUGCUGACCCCACUUUCAAUUUCUUUAGGUUUGAAUUUCACCUUUAUGGGAUUCUCUUGCAAAGAAGAAUAACUUAAUCAAAAGCUACAGAUAUUUAUGCAAAGAAUAACUUAAUCAAAAGCUAAAUACUAGUUGAUAGGAACUCAUAAAUUAACCUAUUAUGGUCGGAUAGGUUGAAAAAGGACUUGAGGAUUUGUAACCUGCUAUUAGGUUCAGUGCUGUAGAAAGAUGUUGAGGCUUAUGCCUUGAGGCCUGUCUCGAGAUGAGGCUAUGGGACAAUGCCUCAGGGCUUACGCCUUUGUGGAUACUGGUGAGGCCUACACCUUUUCAAGCUGAGGCGUAAAAUGCCUGAAGGCAUGAAGCUCGCCUCACCAAAAAGCAGCAUACAAGGUUUUUGGGCUUAGUUAAGCCCUUUUUUUGGCCCAACUAAUUCAUCAACAAUAAAAAUUGAAUGCCCGAUAAAUAUUAAACACAAACACUAAACCCAUCUAUAGUUAAAUACUAAUUAUAACCCUAACUAAACAUAAAUGAAAAGGAAUUAAGUAAGACUUCUACAAGAUUGAUUAUGUUGUGCAGUAAUGGGGUUUACAAGAAGAAAUUUGUGUAUGAACUGAGUAUUUACUACUGCAUGCUGUACGGGCGUUUUUGGUUGGUUCUUAUUCAAGUAUUGAUCAUGAGAUUUGUCUUUAUCAUUUUCCACGAAUUGUACAUCAUGUGUUCUUUUACCAUGUACAGAGGUCUGGUCAUCUCAGACUAAGCCGGCGGCUUAAUCUGUGUAGAAUGUAGAGACGGGAGUGUUCCAUUGCCAUCCAGGGCGAUUUAGGUGAUCUUGUUCCUCACUGCCCUGAGGUUUUCCAGAAGGACUUAUUUAGAAGGCUGUAAGCUCUGUAUUUUUAAUUUUCUUCAGACUUUUUUCUUUAAUUUUCUCUAUACGACUUUAUGAUUUGACGGUGUAAAUACACUUCUAUAUAUCGCAAUUACAAUUGUAGAUUGUUGCUGCUUUUGUGAA